AAUCAUUCACAUGACAGUUGAUGUAGAAAGAUGACUUUGUUUCUUUGAAUUAUAUUUUCGAUUUUUCGAAUAUCUUUAGUGAUGAAUGUAUAAUAAUGGAUGUCAUGAAUUUGAUAGAUAAUAUUCACACCUCUUUUGGAAGUAUACUCGAAACGACAUGGAUUACAACAGUUAUAUUUUUUAUACAAGAUCACAAGGUGUUCAACUUUGUUUUAGCUGUAGUUUUAUUGGUUUCAGCUACUAUAGUUGUCAUAAUAUGUGUCAAGAAAUUGCACAAAAAAGCUUUUUCUCUGAAAGAGGAAGCUUCAGAAGAAUCAAUUAUAAGAUUUCGUAAAAGGGAUAAAGCACUGUUUUAUGGUAGAAAAAUGCUGAGGAAAGUCAAAAACAUCUCGGGACAAGGUAAAAAACGUAAAAUGAUGAUGAAACUAGCCAGAAAAAUACUACACUUGAAGAAAGAGAGUGAUGCAGAGCAGUUGAAAGUUAUUGAGCCCCCACCUGAGUAUCUCCAAGAAGACAUGCUAACUGAUGAUAGAAUGCCUCCAGAUGCCCUCAUCAUGCUACAGAGUAUAAGAGUCUUUGGCCACUUUGAGAAGCCUGUCUUUUUGAAACUUUGUAAACAUACAGAGAUUUUGAACGUUAGUGCUGGCUCAUUUUUAUUCAAAAUAGGUGAUGAAGAUGAAAAUUUGUACAUAGUACAAAGUGGAAAGUUAAACGUCUAUAUUGCUUCAAACGAUGGAGCAAACUUGUCACUUAAAAUAGUGAAACCAGGGGAAUCGGUGACCUCCUUGCUUAGUUUCACUGACGUACUUACAGGUCAUCGCAACCAUUAUAAGACUGUAUCAGCCAAAGCCGUAGAAGAUUCUGUAGUUGUUAAGUUACCCAUGGCAGCCUUCCAUGACAUAUUCCAGGAAUACCCCGAUAUCUUUAUAAGAGUUGUUCAGGUCAUCAUGAUCAGAUUGCAGAGGGUCACUUUUACCGCUCUGCACGAGUACCUCGGUCUCAGUUCUGAAUUAUUCAAUCAGGGGACAAAGUUCAAAAGCAGUAGGAGCUUUAUCAUCAACAGCUCCCCGUCUAAGAGAAAAAAAGAAGACUCGAUAAUGACCGAUCUUCCCAGUGCUGCCACCAUAUCUCAACCCAUACCCGUACCUCAUGGGAAGAAGACUAGCGAGUACAAGUUUUCACCAAAUGACAACGAAUCACUGGGCACUUCAAAUAUGGGGGAGUCCACCAUGAGCCAUCAGAAGAAACGUGCCUCUGUGCACGAGAUCACGGAUUCCGAUUGUUUAAUUGAGAUUGCCACUGAAGCUUUUGUUAAGGAACUGGGACUGAAAGACGAUAAGAAACUCACUGGAAAGAUAGAGAUUAGGGAAAUGCCGGCAGGCACGUUCUUGGUGAAGGAAGACUCCAAUAAGGACGUGGCUUUGGUGUACAUAAUAUCCGGGGCCCUGAAUGUACUACAGAGGAACACCACCGAAGAGGAGGAGGAACAUUUGUUCACUUCUUACUCUGGCGAGAUAAUUGGAGGUCUUGCGGUGUUGACGGGUGAACCCAGUUUCUUUACAGUCAAGGCCAAGCAUUACAGUAGAGUUGCCAUGAUUUCCAGGAAUACGUUUUAUUCUUUGAUGAAAGACGAUCCGAAGGUGGUGCUGUACAUAGCUAGCAUGAUUGUGAAGCGACUGUCGCCUUUCGUGAGACAGGUCGAUUUCGCACUGGACUGGCUGUUCAUAGAGUCGGGUCGCGCCAUCUACCGACAGGACGAGGAGAGCGACUCCACCUACAUCGUUCUGUCUGGUCGGCUCAGGUCUGUCAUAACGCACAAGAACGGCAAGAAGGAGCUGGUUGGCGAGUAUGGCAAAGGUGACUUGAUCGGUGUGGUGGAGAUGGUGACCCACACGAUACGUAGCACAACUGUGAUCGCAGUCAGGGAUUCCGAACUGGCCAAACUGCCCGAGGGAUUGUUCAACGCUAUCAAGCUGAGAUAUCCGAUAGUGGUAACUAGACUGAUUAAUCUUUUAGGACAUAGGAUAUUGGGUUCCUGGAAAACGCCCAGUAUCAAUAUAUCUGCAAGGAGUCCGACCAUCGAACCUCGAUCUUCGCUGAACAACUUCUCAACAGUCGCAAUCAUUGCAGCCUCAGAGCAGGUACCGUUGGUGGCCUUCACAUACGAGCUUUACCACUGCCUGCAUGUGAUAGGCCCCACCUUGAGGCUGACCUCCGACGUGAUCAAGAAGACCCUGGGCUCUUCCAUCAUGGACCCGAACAACGAGUAUCGGCUUACCUCUUGGUUGGCUCAGCAGGAGGAUCAGCACAAGAUCUGCCUGUACAUGUGCGACCACACCGUGAGCGCAUGGACCCAGAGGUGCAUCCGUCAGGCGGACUGCAUCCUCAUAGUGGGCUUGGGCGACCACACGCCCACCCUGGGCAAGGUGGAGAAGGAGAUGGAGCGGUUGGCCAUGAGGACGCAGAAGGAGCUGGUGCUGCUCCACAGGGAGGGCGGCAAACCCUCGAACACGGUCGUCUGGCGUAACAUGAGGAGUUGGGUGUCCUCCCACCACCACAUCUUGUGUCCGAACAGGAUGUUUUCCAGGAAGUCCGUCUACAGGAUUAAUGAGCUGUACUCGAAGGUGUGCUCGUCGGAACCGAACGUACAUUCGGAUUUCUCCAGAUUGGCCAGGUGGCUCACUGGCAAGUCGGUCGGAUUGGUUCUAGGAGGGGGCGGAGCCAGAGGAGCCGCCCACGUUGGCAUGAUCAAGGCCAUACAGGAAGCUGGAAUCCCCAUCGACAUGGUGGGCGGAGUCAGUAUAGGGGCGUUCAUGGGCGCGCUAUGGUGUCAGGAGCGGAACAUCACAACCAUGACUCAAAAAGCCAGGGAAUGGUCCAAGAAAAUGACUCAGUGGUGGAGGCAGAUCCUUGAUCUAACUUAUCCGGUUACUUCAAUGUUCAGCGGUAGAGAUUUCAAUCAAACUUUAAAAUCAGCCUUCGGAGAAACUUAUAUAGAGGAUCUUUGGCUUCCUUAUUUUACCGUAACAACAGAUAUAACCUCUUCCGGUAUGAGAAUCCAUUACCAUGGCUCACUAUGGAGGUAUAUCAGAGCUUCAAUGUCACUUUCUGGCUAUAUGCCCCCACUAUGCGAUCCAGUAGACGGCCAUCUGCUGUUAGAUGGUGGCUAUACCAAUAACCUGCCAGGUUCUAUGUGGCGUUACGUACGUGCCAGCAUGACCAUUGUUGGCAUUCUUCCUCCUUUGUGCGAUCCAAGGGACGGGCACAUGUUGGUAGACGGGUGUUAUACCAACAACGUACCAGCCGACAUAAUGAGAAGUUUGGGUGCCAACCACAUAUUAGCCGUAGACGUGGGCUCGGUUGAUGAUCAAGACCUCACUAACUACGGAGACGAUUUGUCCGGUUGGUGGUUGCUGUGGAAGAAGUGGAACCCUUUCACAGAAAACGUCAAAGUACCAAACUUGCCCGAUAUUCAAUCUAGACUGACGUAUGUCAGCUGCGUUAGACAGUUGGAGGAAGUGAAAAACAGCGACUAUUGCGAAUACAUCAGACCUCCUAUUGACAAAUACAGAACGCUACAGUUUGGAAGUUUCGACGAAAUCAGAGACGUGGGUUAUCAGUACGGUAAAAGCUAUUUCGAAGACCAGAAGAUGGUGGGCAACCUCCCCAAUUUCAAGUCUGCGGCCGACAUUCAGAAAGGUCCUGAUAUAUCCAACUACACUUUUACCGAUCUCGCCCAAAUGGUGUGCAAAGUGUCGAAGCCUUACGAAGAUGAAUCCUCAAGUUCUAGUACUUCCGAUGAUGAAUAUGAGGAUGGCCGAGGAGGUUAUGCUUCAGAACCCACUGGUAGUCGAAUAGAUAUGAAUAAGGAGAACCUUUUGAGAAGAGCUGGUGGAUCUCUGUCCCUCUCUGAGAACGAGAUGGAAUCCGAGGUAGAAUUCGAUAUUAAACCUAUCAGAAAAUCAGAUGCUAGUCUUAGUCUUAAGUAGAAGGUAUGAAAUGUUUCGUAUUUGAAUUUAAUUUAAACAAAAACUAUAAUAUAAGUAUACUUGAUAUAUGAAGUUACCAAACCUUUUGUUAUUUAGAUCAAAACGUUUUAGGUUUAGGCAGUAGAAAACGUGUUUAUAAUAACAAGAGAUCUCCUGUAUAUUUUUUGUAAAAUAUAUGUUUAUCUUAUA